GCGUUUUCCAUGUGAGGCGCGUUGGAGCCUGGUGGUGGAUAAUAGCUGGUGGAGCUUGCUCUCUCUCUCUCAUGCCAUGCUGGGCCAGAAGGGCUCCGGGAGACAAGCAUUUACCCAUAUCCGGGUUGGAGGAAAGGAAAAAAGUUUCAUUUAAACCAGGACGACAAACUUCAGCAUGAAGCCUCACUGACGGCGCCAAGGCCGCGGCUGUCAGCAACGCAUUUCACCGCCGAUUUUUACAAGCAUUACAGCGCUAUAACAUAGCUUCGUUUUUCCAUUGAAUAUUUUUUUCCUGCUUGUGUUUUUCCUCUGUCUGUAUUUUUUUGUGUGAUAGUGUUCUGUGCGUCGGUCAGUGUCCCUGUCUAAAAUGUUCAAGUGACAAUGGCUGCGCAAGUGGCAUCAGCACCGACAUUAACUAAUAAUAAGAAUAACACAUUGUCUGGCAAUUUGGGUCAAGAGAUACAUUCGGGGAAAUCAGGAGGAGGAAAUAUAUCGAGAUCUGGAGAAAUGCUUGGAGCUGUUGAUGGGACUAACACAAUGAAUAAUGUUGAUCACCACCACCGAAAUGAGCUCAACAUGGUCAAUUCAACUUAUUCUCCGAAUAACAAUUCUGACACACCGGAGAAGGAUAGUGGAAAUAACGUCACUUCGUCAGAUUCGACGACCUCUCCGGGGGGGAUGGAAACCGGGUUGCUAGAGAACCAUAAACUGAAAAAUGUUGGGAGCGGAGAUCCCCCUCAGCACCUCACACCGCCGCAACAGCAGUCACAAUUUAACCCGUUUCCUCAGCAUCAGCAGCGCCAGAUACAAAGUAACAACAACAACAACAGCCAAGCCACAAGGGGAGAGAGUGAGAAUCACCAUCACGGAGGGAAGGAGGGUGUUUCGGGUAGCCAGUCAGAGCAGCAGAUGCUAAAUAAAGGUGAUGGGGAUCAUACCUGUAAACCAGGGGAGCGGAUGGGUGCUAGGUAUGAACAUUCUAACUUGGGACCAACGACCAACAACAUCAUCAGCCAGCCCCAGAGCGCGGGAGGAAACAGCGAGUUUAAUAACUACUAUGGCACUUCCAGAGUAGGGCCCUGCUAUGAUCAACAUGGCGGACAACAACAAAGCACAGGGAUGGGGAUGAUGCACUCUUCGGGACCCAACAACAUGGACCCAGUGCACAACUCCCAAGAAGGGUACCACAACAGCCACUACAACCACUAUUCUGGCUACCGGCAGGGCUACUGUGGCGCGGGCUAUGGCAUGAUGGCCCCGUCCAGACAGGGCAGUAACAUGCUGAUUGGCCCUGGCAGCAACACUCCAGCUGGCCAUGUCAAGGCUGCUAUGGGAGCUGCUGCCUGCGGUUCUGGUGGAAGUGUUGGGGGCUUUCAGAGAUUCCCAGGACAGAGUCAGCAUCCUACCGGGGCCACCCCGACACUAAACCAAUUACUGACAUCUCCAAGUCCAAUGAUGCGAGGUUAUGGAAGUGGCUAUCAAGACUAUAACAGUACAUCUGCACAACAACAAGAUGGCAUCGGCCUGGGCAAAGACAUGACUUCUCAGUAUGGCUCCACAACCCAUGGCUGGCCAGGGCAACAGAGAAAUCACCCGUCCAUGAGUCCUGGAAACGGAGGGCCAGGUAUCAGCAGACCACAGGUGGCCUCUAAGGACUUCAUGGCUAUGAAGCGCUCCCAGCUCUAUGGGAUGGGCAACAACCCCUACUCUCAGCAGCAGCAGGGUGGGCCCUAUCCCAACCAGCCAUACGGAUCGCCCACUCCACACCGAUACCCAAUGGGGAUGCAGGGGAGGGGCCAGGUGGGCAUUGGCGGGAUGCAGUACCCUCAACAGCAGCAGGGUCCCCCCCAGUAUGGCCAGCAGGGUAUAGGAGGAUACAGCCAGCAGCAGCAGCAACAGCAGGGAACGACCCCGGGACCCUACUUCAGUCCCCCCCAGCAGAACCCUACCGCCCCCCCUUCACAGCCCCCCUACCUGCUACCCCACGUCCCACCUCAGCAGGAGGCUCCUCGGGAGAGUUACGGAGGCAGGAGUCAGCAGCAAGCCCCAGGGAAUUCUGGGAAGGCCAACCAAGAGGACAUGGGUCUGAUCUCGCAGGACCGCCCCUCCAGCCUUCCAGACCUGUCUGGCUCCAUAGAUGACCUCCCUACAGGUACAGAGGCUGGGCACAGUUCAGCCAUCAGUGCUACAGGCUCCACCAGUAGCCAGGGGGAGCAGAGUAACCCAGCCCAGUCACCCUUCUCACCCCACGCGUCACCCCACCUGUCUGGUCAAGGCAGCGGCCCAUCGUCCUCUCCUGUUGGGUCCCCUGUGGGCUCCAACCAAUCACGCUCCGGCUCUGGCCCCAUCUCCCCUGUCAGCGGCCCAACCACAGCACCAGGUUCCCAGAUGGCCCCCCAGACUCCUGGCAACAUGUUGGAUGUUCCCCACCCCCCCUUGACCCAGUCCCCCAUGCCUCAGGAAAGGGGCUUUAUGUCCAACAUGCAGAGAAACCAGUCUGGCUCCCAGUUUGCACCACCACCUCAGUCGGGGCCCUCCAUGUCCCCUCACCCCUCUCCUGGUCCUGGGGGACAGAUGUACCCAGGGAUGGGGCCCUACCCCCAUGGUGGCUCCAGUGGCCCCUAUGGACCCCAGGGAUCCCAGGCAAACCAGUAUGGACCCCAAGGAAACUACCCACGUCCACCCAACUAUGGCGGGACCCCCAGUGCCAACUACAGCAGCCCCGGGCCAGGCUCUGGCAUGACCAACAGCCAGGGUAUGAAUGCCAGCAGCCCCAUGCACGGCCAGGGUCCCGGGCAGCCUAUGGGCCGCAGUCCUGGUGUGGGCAGCCGCCCCUACCCCAACAUGGCCCCCAGCUCCCCCAGUAUGCCCCAGCCAGCCGGCCCUGGGAUGGGCCCUCCUUCACUGGGCAAUGUCAACCGAAAGGCCCAGGAGGCAGCCGCCGCUGUCAUGCAGGCCGCAGCUAACUCUGUACAGGGCAGACAGGGCAGCUACCCAGGCCCUGGCAUGAACCUGAUGGGAACAACAGGAUCUGGAGCCCCCUACAACCAGUCACCAGGCAACAACUCAGGCAUGGGCACACCACAGGGUCCGCCCUACAACAUGCCACCCUCAGGGGCCGUGGGGAUGGCUGUGAGUGGGAUGAUGAAUCCUGAUGGGAAGCAGAAAACAGGUGGCAAGGAGGAGAACAUGCCCACCAAUGAACCUCCAAAACUAAAGGAUGGGCACAGUGUAUCCCAGUGUGUCUCCCAGCCCACCACCCCUGGUGCCAUGCUUGUCCCCUCUCCCGUGUCCCCCAGCCCAGCCAGCCUGUCCUCCUACCAUGGGGAUGACAGUGACAGCAUCAGCAGCCCCGUCUGGCCAAAGACUCCCUCCAGCCCUAAGCUCAACUCGUCCACCAUGACUAACGAACGAAUCACGCGCCUGUAUGAUAUGGGUGGGGAGCCGGAGAGGCGUGGCUGGGUGGACCGGUAUCUGUCCUUCAUGGAGGAGAGGGGUACACCUGUCCCCCACCUUCCCGCUGUGGGCAAGAAGCCCCUGGACCUCUGCAGACUCUACAUGGCUGUCAGGGAGAUAGGGGGCCUAGCUCUGGUGAACAAGAACAAGAAGUGGCGUGAGCUGUCCACCAAUCUGAGUGUUGGUACCUCCAGUAGCUCCGCCAGCUGUCUGAAGAAGCAGUACAUCCAGUACCUGUUUGCCUAUGAGUGUAAGGUGGAGCGAGGAGAGGACCAGCCGGCCGACAGCAACACUGGGACUGGGGGGGAAAACAGGAAGCAGGCCAAGGUGCAGCCGCCCUCUCCUGCUAACUCAGGGUCCGUUCAGGGCCCCCAGACCCCACAGUCAUCAGGCAGCAGCUCCAUGGCAGAGAUGUCAGGUGACCUGAAGCCUCCCACCCCAGCCACCACCCCCCAGGGACAGGUCACCCCCAUCCCAGCCAGCAGGAGCAGUGUUGUGAGUGUGCAGGACCCGUUCUCUGAGGUGAGCGACCCGGCCUUCCAGAAACGUAACUCUCUCCCCCUGGUGGGCUCUGGGGGUGUGUACCAGCAGGGGGUCAACAUGCCCCCUAACAUGAUGAUGAGGAUGCAGUACGAGAAGGACCCCUUCGUUGGCAUGAGAAAGGUGGCAGGAGGGGAGCCCUACAUGCCAGGCCAGAUGACCAGUGGUGGCAUACAGGAUAUGUAUGGCAGGUCUACAUCAGGCAUGGGCCAGCGCUCCCCCUACCCAUAUGGACCAGGCUACGACAGGAGACCAGACCAUCUGAUGGGGAUGGAGGGGAGCAUGGGCCCCCCCGGGAACCAGAGCAACAUGGGACCUUCCAACAGCGAGGGCAGCAUUUACUCUCCCAACAGAUACCCCUCCCAGCAGAGACACGAAGGCUACGCGCAGCAGUACCCUGGCAUGUCAUAUGGAAUGCACCCCUCAGGGAUGUACCCUCAACAACAGCGCCCCAUGGAGAGCAUGUACGGCCCCCCAGCAAAGAGACAUGAGGGGGAGAUGUACGGCCCCCCAGCAAAGAGACAUGAGGGGGAGAUGUACGGCCCCCCAGCAAAGAGACAUGAGGGGGAGAUGUACGGGUCCCCAGCAAAGAGACAUGAGGGGGAGAUGUACGGCCCCCCAGCAAAGAGACAUGAGGGGGAGAUGUACGGGUCCCCAGCAAAGAGACAUGAGGGGGAGAUGUACGGCCCCCCAGCAAAGAGACAUGAGGGGGAGAUGUACGGCCCCCCAGCAAAGAGACAUGAGGGGGAAAUGUACGGCCCCCCAGCAAAGAGACAUGAGGGGGAGAUGUACGGCCCCCCAGCAAAGAGACAUGAGGGGGAGAUGUACGGCCCUCCAGCAAAGAGACAUGAGGGGGAGAUGUAUGGCCCCCCAGCAAAGAGACAUGAGGGGGAGAUGUAUGCCAUGCAGUAUAGGGGCCAGCAGCCUGACAUGUACAACCACUACACCACUGGUUACUCUGGACCUGAGAGGAGGCCCAUGCAGGGCCAGUUCCCCUACCCUUCCCCCUAUAGCCGAGAGCGCAUGCAGGCCUCUGGCCAGGGGCAGCACCCCAUGGGCCCCCAGAUGAUGUCCGGGGGGCCACCCUCUAACAACGGAGUGGAAGGACCCCAGGGGCCCAACAUGUGGCCCUCCAGGACAGACAUGGGUUAUCCCUACCCCAACAGACAGGGGGCACCCUCCCAGGUACCGCCAUAUGGUCCUAUGGGGAGAGGAGAUGAUUUGGAGGGCCGACCCAUCCAGGAUGGUCAGUGGCUUGGGCACGGAGGCCAUCGCCAGUCCUCCUACAUGUCAGGUGGUAUGACCCCCAUGUCCUCCCGCCAGCCCCCCUCUGCAUACCAGACCUCCCCCUCCAUGGCCAACCACCUGCCCCGAGCCCCCAGCCCCGGCUCCUUCCAACGCUCCAUGGAGGCACGCAUGUCCCCCAACAAAGCUGUCUUUAUGGGCUCCAUGAAGAUGCCAGGCAAACCAGGGAUGCCCAUGCCAGGGCAGGGUAAUGGGCACCCAGGCCAAGUCGCACCUAACCUGCUGAGAGAUCUCAACUACCCUCUAGGAUCUGUAGAGGCCACCAUGCCCGUUUUCAAGCCACGUCGCAAAAUUACCUCAAAAGACACUGGAACCCCAGAGGCGUGGCGAGUGAUGAUGUCUCUGAAGUCAGGUCUGCUGGGUGAGAGUACGUGGGCCCUGGACACCAUCAACAUUCUGCUGUAUGAUGACAGAUCUGUGGCCUCCUUCACCCUCACACAGUUGCCUGGCUUCCUGGAGCUGAUAGUGGAGUACUUCAGACGCUGUGUGAUGGAGAUCUUUGGCAUCCUGGAGGAGUAUGAGAUAGGGACCAUCGGCCAGAAUACCCUCCUUGGGGCUGAAGCCUGUGACCAGGGGGAGGAGCUGACCUCUGAAGCUGAGAUGGACUGUGAGGCCAGCCCACCAGAGCCUGAGCAGGAGCAGGAGGUGGAGAGGGGGAAGACGGAGAAGGGGGAAGUAGAAAAGGGGGAAGAGAAAUCUGUUGACAUCACAGAGAAAAUGACAGAGGAAGGGAUGUCACCCCCCAGUGCAACGGAACCAGCCCCUGAGGGAACGAAGGAGGAAUCUGAAGCCGAGAUUAAGGUAAAGAAGGAAGAGGGGGAGAAAGAAGAGGAGGGGGAGAAAGAAGAGGAGGGGGAGAAAGAAGAGGAGCGGGAGAAAGAAAAGUGGAAAGAGAAUGAGGAGAGUGAAAAGCCAACCGAGAGUAAGGAAGCCUCAGCUGAAAGUAAGGAAAUCUCUCCUUCUCAGGCUCCUUCAGAGCACGAGCCAAGGCCACAACAGGCCAGCAAGUACGACAAAUUCCCCGUCAAGAUCCUGCACAAAGAGGACCUGAUUGAGGACAUGACAGAGCAGCUGGGUCACGUGACAGAGUUCACUAGCGGACUGCUCCACUGGCAGGCAGGCGGGGGUGAUUCCACCGCCCACAUCCAGGCCCACUUUGAGCGCAGGGGAGAGCACCCUGACAGGAUGGAUGGAGAGAGAGAGGAAUGUGCCAGUCUCAAUAAAGAACCGGACACAGAGGGGGGAAAGCAGACAGAGAUGGGUAUCACUGCCACCAUCGAUGAUAUACUGUGUGCCCGGUUAGGGGCUUUGUCAGAGGGCCACCCUACCCACUCUGCCCCCACCUACCCCUUCAGGCUGCACCAGGGAGGGGGCCACCAGCACAUCACCCUGCUAGAGGACGAGCCCCGCUGUCUGGACGAGGCUCCCCUCUCCACGUCCUCCCCCUGGCAGGACUCCCUGGCCAAACGCUGCCUCUGUGUGUCCAACAUCAUCCGCAGCCUCUCCUUCAUCCCUGGGAACGACUCAGACAUGUCCCGUCACCCAGGCCUGGUGCUGAUCCUGGGCAGACUACUGCUGCUCCAUCACCAGCACCCAGAGAGGAAGAGGACGCCCCCUAGCUACCAGAGAGAGGAUGUGCAGGAGCGGGGCCUGGCCUGCAGUAAGGAUGAGUGGUGGUGGAACUGUCUCGCUACACUCAGGGAGAACACCUUGGUCACUCUGGCUAACAUCUCUGGCCAGCUGGACCUGUCCCUCUACCCAGAGACCAUCUGCCUGCCCAUCCUGAACGGCCUGCUCCACUGGAUGGUGUGUCCCUCUGCCGAGGCCCAGGACCCCUUCCCCUCAGGCACCCCCCACUCGCCCCUCACCCCCCAGAGACUGGUGCUGGAGUGCCUUUGCAAGCUGAGCAUUCAGGACAACAACGUGGACCUGCUGCUGGCCACGCCACCCUUCAGCCGCCAGGAGAAGCUGUACGCUACCCUGGUGCGUUACGUGGGCCAGCGUAAGAACCAGGUGUACCGCGAGAUGGCCGUGGCCACCCUAUCCAACCUGGCUCAAGGAGACUCUACGGCAGCACGCGCCAUCGCCAUACAGAAUAAUAGUGUGGGUAACCUGAUGGGCUUCCUGGAGGAUGGAGUGAGCAUGGCCCAGCACCAGCAGAACCCCCACAGCAUGCUGCACAUGGCCCACCACCCCCCCAUGGAGCCCCCCAGCAUUAACAUGAUGUGUCGGGCUGCCAAAGCUCUGCUGGCUAUGGCCAAGGUGGAGGAGAACAGGCCAGAGUUUGUCCUGUAUGAGGGACGAAUCCUGGACAUCUCCAUAUCCUCUGUGCUCAACCAGGGGGUGACCAGCAUCAUAUGUGAAGUACUUUUUCAGUUUGUAAAAAAAUUAUGACAGCAGGAUAGACGGACCUGAGCCAAGAGACAGACAGAGAGACGAUGAGAGGAACACGUUAUUCUGUGGUUUUAUAUUUUUAUUUCAAUGAAAUGGAAGAAGUUUUUUUUUAUAUAUAUAAAUAUAUAUAUAGCUCCUCUGCCCCCAUUAACACUUUGGUUUUGGGAUUUGAAAGAUGAUUUUAAUACAGAUAUUUAAUACCUGCUGUUGUUUACGUGUAUAUAUUAUUUUUCCUUGUUUUCUUUUGUUUAACCAAAGCUGGUGCCAGAUUUUGGAGAGGAUUCUUUCAUUUCAUUUUUCUCUUUUGAAAUGUUUUGGAAUUGUAUAAAUGUUCAUAUCUGUAUUGACCAUAUGUGGUUUGUUUUGUUUACAAAGAUCAUAUUUAUUUAAAUGGUGAAAAAUAUUGUAGAUAAAACUUAACUUGCCAAACUUUCAGAAAAAGAGAACACUGAUUUUAAACAAACAUGUAAAUGUUUCAAUUGCUGGAGAAAAAUGUGCAAUAGGCCAAGUGGGAGUUGUCUGUUCAUGGCACUUGCAAUAUGUAAUUUUGACCAUGGGUAGGCAGUGUUGCAUCAGCCAAUUAGAUUGUUUUUUAACAGUGUCAAAUGUUUGACUUGCUUCAUUGUUGUCAAUCAUUGCUACUACAUCCGGGAGUCAACUUUCACAAAAGAACAGUAUCUUAAGCACUUGUGUUGCAUUUGUUUUAUUUCCUUUUUUAUCUCAAGUUGGCACUAUAUACUGUAUAUAGACUGUUGUACAUUGGAACCACUUUCACUUUACAUUCACUAUCAAAACAAGUUUCAGAUUAUUACAACUACUUUUUAUUAUUGGUGAGAUUUGUUAUUGUUAUUUUGUUAUUGGGGUCAGAUAUUUGAACCUGGAGGUUGUGUAGGUCUCUGUAUGUAUAACGUUCCUCUACGCAUUGUACCAUAGCUUCAAGCUGAUCAAAACAAUAUUUGGUCAUCAAACGUGAAAGUGCCAGGGUCAGGGAUAACUCGCUGAGGUUACAGAACUUGUGAAUAUAUUUAUUUUAUUGUAUGUCCUCCAUUCAUGUAAAUGGGUAUAUUUUUGAGCCAAGACAAUGUAGUUCAAAAAUAAACCUCAGAAAAGAACCCACAACACACACAAAAUAUGA